AUGUUACAUGUUUUACAGAAAUCUGGAGGAAAUGGUUGCAUCCUUAAGAGAGCUAUUAUGGGAUCAUAUAUGUCUUUCCAUACAAACAGAGACAGUCCCUGUUCCUUAGAUCGCCCGGUGUUGAUGCCCACAGUUGGAAUUCGCAAACCAAAGACACUUAUUAUCUAUCAUGACAAAGAUUUGGAUUUUAUCAGAAAGCAGUUGAUGCCAACGUUAACAGAAGACGGGAUAGACUGCUACACGCUCGAGGAUAAUAUUGAAGAACAGAAUAUUUUUCGAAAGUUUGGAUAUCUUUCAGACAGUACAGAUAAAACAUUAUUCGUUCUGUCACUUCAAUUAAAAAAAGAUCCUAUUCUUUCGUACUUGCCAUCAAUAUCAAUAGCACGGAAACGCAAUGUUAUUUGUUUGCGUUUAGAUAGAACUGUUUUCCUAGAAGAUGAUCUAGCAUGUCUUAUUGGCACAAAGAUAGUGGAAUCCGAAUCUACAGGAUGGCGAGCACAGUUGAUUAGACAUAUACGUUAUCAAAGACCACACUUCAGCCAUUUCAUUGGGGCUAGAGAGGUGACACAAAGUCUGCAUCAGCAUGGCCUUGAUCUUCCGUUAAUGCUAUUCAGUGUGUACGGAGUUACCGUGGAGAUCAGUAACGAAAUUCUCCGGAUUGACAUGGACGAAUUCCUAGAACACAGCCAGAAACACAGUGAGUUAGGUAUAACUGAAGUCUGCGGUGAAUGCUCUAUGUUGUGUACACCUGAUACGAAGGUCAGUCUUGUAUACGACAAAGACACGAUAAAAACGAACAAGGACUUUUCCAAAUUUGAUAGUGCCUUUGCUUCUCUUUGUGGUAAUAUUAUGGAUGUUUCUACCCUUCGGAAGGCGGGAGUUGUGUUCAUACUUGGAUGUACAUUAAACGGGCGUCUAGUUGGGGAGGAUUAUAUCAGACAACUGUGGGUUAAAACUAGAUACCAGAUAACAACUGAAAAAUCACCAAGCCAUGAAAUAAAAUUCCCCAAGUAUGCUGACGAAAAAGCACGAUUCGAUUCAUUCCCAGUGUUUAGUCCGAACGAUCGGGUUCCGAAGACUGAGUUACUCGCGAAAGCUGGAUACUUUUUCAGUGGUCCACCACUUUUUACCACUUGUUUCGCGUGCGGACGAUUUGUGAUCAGCUGGCGAGAGGAUGACAAUCCAUGGGUAACGCAUUCUGCACUCAAUCAAGCAUGUCCAUUUGUCCGGCAAAAUCAAACAUAUGAUUUCAUUAAGAAUGCAAAAGAAUCAUUUCGUGCAAAUAACAAUCGGGUUAAUGAAACGUACAGGUCUCUUGAAGCUAGAGUGAAAUCUUUUGAAUCGUUUUCCCUUGACAAAAUGCCACAGGACAAUGCAAAUUUAUUCAGUAGGGAAAAACUGAUAGUAGAUAUAGCUGGAGCUGGAUUCAAUUAUACAGGCUGUGGAGAUGCCUUUACCUGCUACUCGUGUGGCUUAGUACUGACUUCUAUAAGACGUGGUGAAAAUGUGAUGGCGACACACGCAAGGCUGUCAUCAUCGUGUGCAUAUGUUAUAUCGGCCAAAGGAACAGACUAUGUAGAUGGCAUUUUGCAGACUGCCGCCCACGCCUCACCGAGAACAGUAGUGUCGUUUAUGAUUAAAAAGUUGGACAAUCGUUCAAUUUCUCAUCAAGACAUUUUCUUGUUUCCACCUUCCCAAUCCAAACCGUAG